CUGUCCUCGCCUCAGCCCUCUUCCCCACGGCCUGGGAGCUCAAGGUUUGGCUCAAGAUGGCUUAAGGGCUGGCCCAAGCCUCAAGCCCCAAGCCCGCCGGCCGCCGCCCUCCCGAUCCGUUCGGACCCUCCCUUGCCUCUGCCGCGAUGGCUGCCACGUCGCUGCCCCCGUCACCUGGGCUGCCAGCCGCCGGACCGGGCGCUUCCGGGUCGCUCGAGAUGACCUUGUUGGACGGCAUGAUCAGUGAUGACGCCGUUUACCGCAGCUCCAGCAGCAUCUUGGACUGCGACGGCGUGGUGUCGCUCGUCGACGCCGUGGAUAACUUCUACUCGGAGCUCGGGCACAUCCACGACCACGGCAUGACCCUCGACUCGGCGUGGCACCGCGAAGACCUCGACGAGGGUCUCGGCUCCCGCUGCGACCGCGGCUACGCCUCCGGUCACGACCACGCCCACGUCGACUACGACGACCACGUCGGCUACGACGGCAACGUCGACUUCGUCGACCACAUCCAUGGCUCCGACCACGACCACUUCGAGUACAACGACCACGUCGACUACGACGACCGCGUCGACUACCACGACCUCCCCGGCAUCGGAGACCAGCUGGAUAGCACCGGCUCCCAAGACAUCGGCGACCAGCUGAUGACCCACAACUGCCUCGACAUCGGCGACCAGAAGAAGUUCAGCGACCUCCAGGACAUCGAAGGCACGUUUUACGCCGCCGAGACCAAGGUCUACAUCGCCCACACCAGCGUCACCGGUGCCAGCAUCACCACAUUCGCGGCAUCACAAAGCAUAGCAUCACCGACGUGCGCACCCCAGACGCCACAGACGUCAGCAUCACCGUCGCCAACACCCACGACGGCUCCGACGCCAGCACUCACGCCAGCACCUAUGACAGCAAUGUUGAAAACUCCCUCGUGGACAUCACGGGCCAGAUUGCUUAGAUCGGAGGUGAUACCGCUACAUUGAAACUCAGCCUCGCGUCCGAGAUUCUAUUCCUAGCAGUGGUGCGGUAUGGCCACGACGACCUCUUGACGACCACCCGCUGCGAAGUCUGCGGCUGCAAUGCUUUCGCACAUUUUUUCGGCCAGGUCAGCCACAUCAGCAUGCUUCCCACGUGCACCGCUGGUGCCAAGGGGAACGCUUUAAUCCAACCGCGACCACGUCCAGGAUUAUCAACUGUCCGCGCAAGUGGAUCAUCAUGUUGAUCACCAGCUCGCAAUGUCUACGUCGGGUACAGCAGUACCAUGUCAACCACGACGCCCACACCAACCAUGGCACUUACGAUCACGACGUCUACGAUUAAGUCGGGCAUGUCCCUUUACAGGAGGGAUAUUAAAACAUAGUCAAAAAUAGUCUGGGG